AUGAAAAGCGAUAUGAGUGCUUCGUCUUCGUAUGAAACACAAUAUUCUAAUGCUUCAGCACAAUCAAAUGACAGUGAAGCAUCUUUAUCAUUAUCAUCAAGCACCACAGUUCAAUAUGAACCGAUUCAAGUUAGUCUUUAUCGGAAACAAACUCCAACCAUAGCAACUGGGCGCCGUUCGAAACACUUUAUUCUAGUUGGUGUCGAAGCUGCCAGACGUGAAAAACGACGUGCAAGAAAUCGAGAAGCAGCACGAAAAUUGAAAGAGAAACGAAAAUGCAUUGAAGACGAGCUUCUUUUAAAACAUGAAGAACUUCAAAGUGAGCAUGUAAAUUUACAAAAUUAUAUUAAACAGCUACAACAAAAAAAGCAAAAUUUACAACAGGAAAUUGAUAAUUCUUUUAUGGAUUCUCUUCAAGAAUUGCUAUCAAAUGAUAAUGAAGAUUUGAAUUUAUUUUUUGAACAAUAUUUACAUGAUCUGACUCUUUUUAAAGAGCCAAUAGAAAACAUUUUAAAUUGGAAUUUAAAUAUCGAUGCCGAUUCUAUGAUAGACAAUUGA